AUGCUUGGCCAGGUGCAAGAUAACCAACAAUUUAAGAGGUAAGAACUACGUCUGUUGUCCUUUGUCCCAAUAUCAAUGCUCAUUGGUGUUGGGGUGAAAUGUCAUGUUUGUAUUAAAUCAAACUUACUUACAACUUACCUUUCCUCUGCUCUGUCUAGCCAUGGUCUACAAUUUAAAGCUUUGGGUUGUUUUUUGCUCCAGAGCUUUCCUUGCAAAAAACCCUCCACUCUUUAAAGCUCAACUGGCGCAAAUGGUAAUCCUCAUAAAAUCCGAAUUGACGUUUGCUCAGAUUAAGCUUUCAAGAGUGGGUUUUGGAAGGGAAAUCUGGGGGCAGAAUAAAAAUGCUCAGACACAGAGUGCACACCUCUGCCGGGAAAUAGCAGAGGGAAAGGUAAGCGUGGAUAAGUCGUUUGUGGUCUCAGAUUUCACUGUGCAUUAGUUAGCCAGUUUAUUUAUUUCUAUAUGCUGCAAAGCUGCGGGAAACUAUUUGAUUUAGUAGAUCUGCCAGCACGAAAAUUUCCACCAUAAAGCAUUGCCACUGCUAAGGGGAGGGGGGAGGAAAUGCAGCAAUUCAUCUCAGAAACAGCCUGUUGUUUUAAACCAGUAUAAAACAGAUACGUGUUUUAGUGUAGAUCUGCCUAGAAGAAUAUCAGAGCUGGGCACAGAGACAGGAGUGAUUUUGCCAAUGCUUUUAACACACUCUCCCCGCCCCCUGUCUCUCCCUAGGCAUACAUCAGAACGUAGAGGCACAGUCCCAGGCAAGUUGUCAAGUAUUUGUGCUCUGAUCAGUGCUGACAACAGAAUUUGGGUGGGUGGGGGUGGCGGUUUGGGGCAUGGUAACCUCUGUGCUACCCUUUAUCCCAGGAGAGCUAGUACUUUGGCUACUCUGUGUAAAGUGGAAACAGCAGUGUUGUUUUUAGCACAGUGGAUCCUCAGCUGGCCUUGGGCUUUGGCAAAUCCUCAGCCUUGCCACCCUCUGAGGCUCAUUCUGGCUCUGAUGCUUUAGAAGAGGGGCCAAGAACCUGUGCUUUUUCAGAUGUUCUUGGGUGACAACUCCUGUCAUGACUGACCAUUGGCCAUGCUGAUAGGGGCAGGUGGGAAUUUUCAUCCAGCCGCAUCUGGAGUUCUGCAGGUUCCCCAUCCUUGCUUUUGGAACAUUUACUGAAUCCUAGCCUACUUUAAGGCAAGUCCUUUUCCAUUUCCCAUUGCUGCCUAGGGUGUUUUUUAAGAGAAGGAGAAAGGCAGAGGCAGAGGUAGAAAUUUGAUAGGGCUUCGUAGAACAAAGCCAGGGCCGUGUGUGAUGAGGAUUCUGGCCUGCCUUAUUUCUACCAUCGCAGACAGUGGAAAUUUAACUUGCUGGAUUGAUGGGCACUAUUUAAAUGGGCACUGUUUAUCCACACUUCCUCGUGCCUUGCUGCUUUCUCCCAGGGAAAACCGCUCUUUAGUGCUCAAUUGGACCAAACAGCAAUUUCGGUUUUCUCCAGAUUGACAUUUGCUCCUAUAUAUCACUAAAGGAUGAGUUUACUCUGGGAAAGCGGCCAGGCAAGGGGAAAACCACUCAGACCCAUGUCUCAAAAGCAUAGGUCAAGUGGGAAACCACUUGGACCCAGGUAUUAUAUGUGCAAGACAAAUGUGGGCAAGCAAGCCCUGGCUCUUGAAGGAGAAGGGGUACGUUAUCUAAUGAAGAGAGAUGGUGACGUUGCCUCAGGCACUGGGAAUGACAAACCACUAAGAUAUUUCCUUUAAUAUUCUCUCUGACUUUAAUAUUCUCUGUUACUGUGUUUUGGUAAAAUUGCAGGCAGAUGAAGAUGUUGGACGGUGGGUGAAAGACCCUGUGUGAGAGGCAGGGAAGGGAGGGUCUCCCAGGGCGAGAGGCAGGGGAAGGAAAGAGAUGCUGCAAGGUGAGAGAUGGGAGGGUGCAUCCUUCUCCGUAUGGGAUAAAAAUUAGGAUAUACUGGUGAGAUAGUAUUUCUCUCUCCCUCCCUCCCUCUUUCUCUCUCUUCUUUUUUUUGUUUAGAUUAGUUUGUUGUUUUAUUGUAUUGUGAAAAGUCUUAAUAAAACUUUAUAUAUAAAAGGCCCACUAACACAAAUACAUGUAAAUAUAUUUAAAUACUUCUCUUCAGUCUUAACUCCUAGGCUAGAAGAGCUGGCUAAAUGCAAAACCGUACAUCCACGUUAUAAAGCAGACAGGUGAGGAAUAAAGUGACCAGACUUCAGACAAAUAAAAAUCCACCCUGGAUUGACGGAUUUGUUUACAAUGACCGAAUUAACUCAGUAUGCACAUAUAUGAGAAAGGGAACGGCAUGCUAAAGCUGGACAACCAAUUUUAUUAUGUUGCAACACAGUUUCAGAGCAAGAUUCGCUGUCCUUUAGAUCUUUGUGUUUUUUAUGCCACCCUUCAAUGAGUUCUCCAGGGUGGUUUACCAGAAGGAAUGAAGGAGUUAAAAUGUAAGUGCAAUACUAACUAUAAACUAAAAACCACAAAAAGCAGCAUAAUACAGCAGGAGGAAAAAUGCGCCUAAAAAGCUCAGGAGAAUCAAAGCCUGGCAGGGCAAUAAGUCUGGUGAUUGUGGUUUCCCCCAGUACGAAACAGUCCUGUGAUUUCACCAUUGUAGGGCCAUAGCUGGCGGUAUCCAAAUCCACACCUAGAAUGUGUGCAUUACAGUCCAGGGUUCUUGUUCAGGAGCUGGGGAGGCUAGAGCAGUGAUGGGAGCUGCUUACCCUCCAACAUUUUUCUGAUGAAAAUUGAUUUUGGACAGGACUGCAUCAGGGGAGAAUACAGUUGAUUCCCCCUCCCUCCUUGCCUGCAGUGAUCUUACAAUUAUCAGCCCUUCCAGAGGCUGCUAUUGCCUGUUACCUUACCUGUAUUAUAAAACGCAUGAGCAGUAGAUGCAAACAAUCAUUUCAAGGCUGCUUCGGACUAGAUGCACACCCUCCAACAUUUCUCCUGUGAAAAUAGGGACGUCCCAUUCCAUAAUGAUCAUUUUACUAUUUAUACCCCACACAUCUUACUGGGUUGCCCCAGCCACUCUGGGCAGCUUCCAAUGUAUAUUAAAACAUAACAGAACAUUAAACAUUAAAAAAACCCUUCCCUAUACUGUACAGGAUUGCCUUCAGGGAUUGGAUAGCGCUAUACCCUCCAAUAUUUCUCCAAUGAAAAUAGGGACACCCUAAGGAAAAUGGGACAUUCUGGGAUCAAAUCAGAAACCAGGACGGCUUCUGUCAACAACUUUGUCCAGAUUUUCACUUUUGGGAGUAUUGCAACCCUACACUUGGAGGGUCUGGAGUUGGGCCCUAAGAUGCAAUAACUAAACAAUGUUAUCUGUCCUUUAUCUGUACCGACUGUACAAAAGUCAACAAGAAUUCAGUAAUCACAGCCAAAGAAAGCAAAUAACAUGUAAAUAACAUCUGUACAAAACUGAACUGCAGGCUCUGCCUUACAGCUAUUCAAAGCCCCCAGCCUCAAAAUGCAAUUGCAUCCUGAAAAUUGCAGGCACGCAACUGCAAAAUGCAGUGACACCAUUUGUCAAGGAACACAAGUCUCUUGAGACAUUUCCUCCUAGACUUUGAUCUUCUUGCAGAGAUAGGAGCUGCAACUGUAUGAUUUCUUCCUCGGCCACUAAAUAGCUGGUGUGUGUAGGAGGAGACCCAGAGAGCUAGAUCAAAUCUUGAUGUGGGCCUUAUCUGUGCUGUAGGCUGGGGAGAUUCCACACCACUGAUCUAGUUCUUUUAAAAGGAGGGGGGAAGCAUUUAUAUUGCAGGCAUUGCAAAACCAUGUGGCAAGCUGUUCCACAGGCUAUGAACUAUUUCCUUUAAUAUGCCUUACGUUUCCUGCCAUCAAUUUUAUUAGAUUUCUGAGAGAGACAUAGUGUCUCAUGCGUUGCUGCUGUUUUCCUUUUGUUGGCAAACCCAGGCCCACCGCUGAAUGGUUCGUGACAGAAGCAGCUCUGAGGGCGCAGGCAUCACCCAGGUUGAAGGAGCUGGCACGGCCUCGGCCUUGCCCAGCUGGCUGGGAAUUCCAUCGUUCCCCUUAUUCUGUGGUAUGUAAGUCCUUCACUAGCCUGCCUCCUUUUCAGCCCAUCUGGCGUGAUUGCCCCAAAUGCUUCCCUGUGGUUGAGAUUCCACACGAUGGUGUAGCUGCUCCAUGUUGGCUCACUGUGUACAGACAUUUGUGGCAGCCUCAUACCCUGUUGCUGUAACAUUCGAAUAAAGCUUCCGUUUCCUCUCUAUAGCAGGGAUUGGGAAUCUCCAGACCGUGAACAAGAUUUGGCCCAUGAGGCUUGAAAUAUACUCGGAGUCCAGAGUGGAUUUCAUGCUCUUUAUUCAGCUCAUAGUGGUGAGGAGGAAUGGAAGUUCCCCCAGAAUGUCUGCUUUAUAUACAUUAUUUACACAAUGGGCCCCACGUGACUGGCCAAUUCCGGGAUGCUCCUGUAGUCCAAUCAGGUUGCGGAUUCACUUCCACCUGGAGCUGGAUUGGGUGGCUCCUGUGGACCAAUCGGACUGCUGCAUUCUGAAUCCUGUUGUUCUAGGACCAAUCAGACUGCUGCAUUUUGGAUACUAUUCAACUCAGUACAUAACAAGGCUGUUCCUCAAAAACCACAUCCACCUCCCCCAGACCUAGCAUGGGCAAGUGCUUCCACUCCAAAACAUCAGCUGCUGCUAUCAGGGAGAGAGACAAGCCGAUGUCGCCAUGAUGAGUCCACUUCCUGUGCCACAGGUUGGCUACAUAUGCAGUAGAAAUCCACAGAGCAAUGAGCAGAAGCAUUUUUACGUGCAGAAAUCACCAAAUCUUUGCUUCUGAUCAUUGGCUUUUGGGUUGCCCUCCAUAUACUCCAACUUGUGCCCCUCUUCUGUUGACCUUCCACUCUCAGCUCCAUGCCACCUGCCAAACUAUCCUCAUCUUGUCAUGCCACUUCCUUCCCUUCCAUCCGUUCAGUUGGUCCACCACACCACCUCUGCCUCCCCUGGUUCUUGCUUGUGUACUCUUUGCUGUGUGAAUAUUAUUACAUUGUCUCUCCUCAUGAUCCUGCUCUCCUUCAUCCAGCCUCUUCUUCAUUCCUGAAUCCUAACAUGACAGGGAUGGGGUUCUUGUGGCCCUCCAGAAGGUACCAGACUCCAAUUCCCAUCAUCCCUGGCCAUUGGCCAUGCAGACUGCAGCUGAUGGGAGUUGUGUUCUAACAAGAUUUGAGUGACAUCGGUUCUCUAUCCCUGUGACAGAGCGUAUCUUCAGAGCAGAUUGUUCAACGGAUUUAGCAAUCAUUCUCUAUAGUACUGGCAUUAGGGUUGCCAUAUCUUGAAGAGCAAAAAAGAGGACAGCCCGAGCCGCUGCCAGUCAGAGCAGGGAAAAAAGGUGUGUGAAUGUGCCUACACAACCCUACACAAAUCCAGAGUAGAGUCCCUAAGACGGUUGGUUGACGUCUUGUACGCCUCCUUCCAACAACUCCUGCAGCCAAGCAGGUGCCAAAUGCAUUGCUUUGCUUCACUUUGGACCACAUCAGUGAGGCCGAGAGGGGGCAGGUGUUGGCAUCUGGGCAGCGCAGGACCUCCAUACACACUGCCCAGGCUUGCUCCCCAGGGUGGUCACUUCAGUGCUGCUAAUGCAGUGGUUUGACUUCGCCCCCAGAGGCACACUCCAUUGUCUCUUAAGACAAAUGGAUGCCAACAAAUAGUGAACCUCAUUGGGCAUAAUUUUUGGAGAGCUGCUGCAAGGGGAAUUUGAUUGGCUGCUCCUUCGUGCCACCUGCCACCCUCUCUUUGCUUGUGUGCAGUCCUGGCGCACAGAUGUAGAGCAUCCAUGGAAUAUGACAUCCUUCUCUCUUGUCUUCAGGUGACUCAGGCAGCAAAGAAUGCUGUAGCCUCAGAGAGGCUACUUGCUCUAGCCAAGCCAAGGCCACAAGCCACAGAAGCAAACAGUAAGCCUAUCCUUUUCUUGGUUACCAUUCUGUGACAGGUUGAGGGGUUAUGCUUUUCCUUGCUAUCAACCCCGCCCCCAUUCAUUCAUUCAUUCAUUCAUUGAAUUUCUCUAUUGUGUUUAUAUCCCACCUUUUUCUCCAAUGAGCUCAGGUUCUGGUUCUCUCCCAUCUCAAUUACUCCCCACGACAACCUUGUGAGGUAGGGCCAAGAGGAAGCAACUGGCCCAAGGUCACCCAGUGAGCUUCAUGGCUGAGUGAGGAUUUGAAACCUGGUCUGCCAUGUCCUUGUCUGACACUCUAACCAUAACACCACAUUGGCUUUCUUGUCCAUUUCCAACUUUUUGUACAAAAGUCCCCUACUCCUCUCCACCCCCCCCAAAAAAAUUGUUUAGAGUGCACCAAAACAUCAUACUUUGUUCAACUGCUUGGGGAGUUUCUUGGCUCUUUUGCCAAGGACUCCUCUGUUGAACCAAGAUUUAGGAAAGAAUCAAACUGAGGAAGGAGCUUCCCAUUUGCGUGGACAUGCGGAGUCCCCCCAACCCCAGGCAACUCCCGAGUGAAAUAAUGACUCAAGACAACGUGCUAUGAGAUUAAAAUUGGCCACAACUUUAUUAAGUUUCAGAUGUAGGGAGACCUUGGCUCAAGCAUUGGGCGUUUAUCCUUCCCAGUCCCCAGCUGGGGAUCUGGGGGACACCAGGGUUAUCCAGAAUGUGUGGGGAUUGGGCUGGCUCUGGAGAACAUAUGUUCAAGCAGAGAGCUCGCCCCCUGUUUCACCACCGUCGCAGGGGAGAGCAAUGACAACCUCUCAGCGUAUGGCCAAUGCCUCCCCUCAAGACCCCUAUAAUGGGGAACUCUGGGAUCGCCACCGCAAGGGGGCGUGGGUCACCGCUUCAUGCCCUCCCCCCCCAUUUAGGGAAGAUAGACUAAAGGAUUUCGCCCAAGGCUUGAAACCACCAAAGUUGUGACAUUUUGCUAUGGGGAAGUCAAAGCCUGCCAAUGCAGGAAAAUUCCUUUCUAGCCAUUCAACAGUGACCAUGACGUAGCAGCGCCCACGUACCUGUGGAGAAGAGGUUAACCUGCAAAAGAAGGCUUAACUGAGGGAGGGCAGGGUGGGAAAAGCUCUGGAGCCAACUGAUGAUUCCCAGGUAAGAUCCACCUUCUGUUGUGUGGACAGGGCGGUCCCUCCCCCUACCUGGCCGAUCCUCUGGCAAUGCCUCCCCAGGCGGGAUUGGGCAAUUGGCUGAAGUAGGCGGAGACCUCCAGGUAUCCAGUCUGGGGAGGGCAAAGCCAUCAGCCCGUACUGCCAGAAGCCGCAUGGGAUCCAGGGGGCUGUGUGCAACCACGCAAAAGGCGACCCCCUUUUGAUGUGGGGAGCGGUCAUUGUUUCCCAGAGCUCAGAAGACACAGAACUUUACAAAUCAUUGUGAAAAAUCCUUAGGACUCAAAGGACAGCUGUGCAGGCAGAAAGUGGAGAAGGUUUUACAGUGGUACCCCGGGUUACAGACGCUUCAGGUCACAGACACUUCAGGUUACAGGCUCCGCUAACCCAGAAAUAGUACCUCGGAUUAAGGACUUUGCUUCAGGAUGAGAACAGAAAUUGUGCGACGGCGGCAGCAGCGGGAGGCCCCAUUAGCUAAAGUGGUGCUUCAGGUUAAGAACAGUUUCAGGUUAAGAAUGGACCUCCGGAAUGAAUUAAGUACGUAACCAGAGUUACCACUGUAUAAGAUGUUCCAGAGCAGGCCCUUUUUGAAACCAAUGAAACUUAAUGUCAAGACAUUUGUUAUUAAUUUUAGUAGUAGUAGUAGGAAGAGGGAAGGCAACACUCUCACUCUGGCCACACCAUACAUUGAAAGCACUCUGAUACCACUUUAAACAGUCAUCAUGGCUUCCCCCAAAGAAUCCUGGGAGCUGUAGUUCAUUAAGGAUCCCGAGAGUCAUCAGGAGACUCCUAGCCCCCUAACAGAGCUACAUUUCCCAGAGUUCCCUGUGAAGAUGGACUGAUUUGUAAUUCACUCUGUUGAUUGUAACUGUGAGGGAAAUAGGGGUCUCAUAACAGAUCUCACCCCAGCACAAUCCAGGGAAGCUGUAGCAACAUUGGUAUUGGGAGGGUGUCUCUAUGGCUCUGCCCCACCAGCUUGGCUGCUGCUGCCUAAGGUGAGACAUGACAGAGCCAGCCUUCUCUUGGCACUAUAAUGCAGAUGAGAUAGCUCAAGUCCUCUCAAAAGGCUGAAAAUCUGAGAAGUUUUGCUGAUUGUGACCUCACUGCAUCUUCAGGAAUGUGUUGCUGCCCCUGAAUUAAACCCCAAUCUAACACUUCUGGUUUGCUCUUGCAGCAAAAUCUGGAAAGUAA